AUGAGGGCCUGCUUAGUUUUCCUUUGCUUACUGGCAGCAACACUUGCCCUGUCUGUUAAAAGUAAACCUCAUGGAAAACAUCAUGGAUUGCACAAGACUUCACACACAGCCAAAGAAAAGGACGUUAUCACAGAGGAGGCCAACAAGCCACAGGUCUCACCCACUUUAGUCACUUUGGAGGCCAGGAGCCAGGAGCAGGAAGAUGAAGAGCUGAGCUCCGAGGGCAAUGCUAAUGCCAACAAGGAGGAUGGAGCGUUUAAGGUGGCUGAAAGGAGAGAUAAAAGCACUGCAGUCCUGUUGAGUGAGGAGGAGCUGGUAGACCUCCUGAAGAAGGAGGCAGAGGAGGAAGAAGUGGAAGAAAGAGAGCUGGAGGAAGAAGAAUUGGAGGCAGAAAAAGGCAAGGUGGAGUCUAGUGAAGCUGGUGAGAUCAGAGAGGAUGAGGAAGCUGAGGGGGAGGAGAAGAAACUGGAGGACAACUUGGAAUUGGAGGAAGAUGGGAAAGAAGAGGGGGAGAUGAAGGAGGAGAGUGUGGAAGAUGAAGUCCAGGAGGAGGUGGAGAAGAUGUCCCAUAAGGGCAAGAGGGAAGAGUCUGUUAGCAAAAUGGCCGACAGAGAAAAGCAAGUCGCGCUGCUAGAGGAACCAGAAGGCAGCACAGAGUCAGAUAUCCCAGUGGAUCUUGACUACGCUGCUGAUAGUGGCAUCUUACAACCUCUGCAGAUGAUGUCAGCGAAGCUAAAACACCACGUUGAUGACGCCCAGCCCCUUUCAAAAGCAGAUGUUCCAGAUGUUAAAGAGAAAGAAGUCAGUGAGAAAGAACUACCCAUCUUAGACGAGGACUAUGACCAAGACAUACAAAACACUGAGGCAGCGGACAGCGAGGAGUUGUUUGAUCAGGACAAGCUGCAAGAAGGCAGAAAUGACAAAGAUUCACAAGCUAAAUCUAAAGAGAUGGAUCAGGACGUGGAGCCUCAGGAGCCAAAGAGCAGUGAAUCAGGGUCCCGAGUGACUGGGAAGGAGGAAGAGAAAAGUAAGAAUGACAGUGGAAGUCACACCAAGGGAAAGACAAGGAAGCAGAAGAAGAACCAGAGGGCAAGGAAGCACUCUCCACAGAGAGAGGAAACACAGUCCGGACAAGAACUGAGCCACCAGGAUCCUCAGGAGUCUGAGAGCAGCAGUAUUGACAAUACAGUGCACAAGGCAAAGAGGAGAAGGGCCGGAAAAUGGGGUCCUUUGGUCGGAAUGAAUCCAGUGCAGAUAAGAGCCACAGUGGAUCUCUACCCCAGCUCCAGGCCCUCUCUUGGUGGAAGCAUACAUCACCCAGAGGCCCCUGCUGAUCCAUGCGACGAUUUCCGCUGCAAACGUGGGAAGACAUGUAAACUCGAUGCAGACAAUAAGCCGGGCUGUGUGUGUCAGGAACCGUCACAAUGUCCUUCCAGCGUGAAUGAGUUUGAUCACGUUUGUGGGACAGACAACAAAACAUAUGACACGUCGUGCGAACUCUUUGCUACUAAAUGCAACCUGGAGGGCACCAAGAGAGGGCACAGACUUCAUCUGGACUAUACCGGGCCGUGCAAACUAAUACCUCCAUGCGUGGACGCUGAGCUGGUCCAGUUCCCUCUACGAAUGAGGGAUUGGCUGAAAAAUGUGCUGCUGCAGCUCUAUGAGCAUGACUCCAUGUCCCCUGGCUUCCUCACUCCGAAACAGCGUUUUAGAGUGAAGAAAAUCUUUGAGAGUGAGCGGCGUCUUCAUGCUGGAGAUCACUCUGUUGAGCUUCUUGCACAAGACUUUGAGAAGAACUACAACAUGUACAUCUACCCAGUGCACUGGCAGUUUGCUCAACUGGACCAACACCCCUCUGACAGAUUGCUGACCCACUCAGAGCUGGCCCCGCUCAGGGUCCCUCUGGUGCCGAUGGAGCACUGCACCUCCCGCUUCUUCCAAGAGUGUGACGCUGACAAGGACAAGCAGGUGUCCUUUAAGGAGUGGACUUCCUGUUUUGGUAUCAGGAAUGAGGAUAUGGAUGUCAACCUGCUUUUCUGA